UAAGGUGUGGACAAAUGAAUACACCUGUGGAGACAGGUGAGAGUGGAGAAACAGGAAAUGAAACCUUCACACAUAAACAAACUGGUUUUGCCAAAAAUCUGCUUAUGGCUUUUACAACUGAAACAUGAGAGAAGAGAGAAAAGUCUGUCGCUAUCCUGACUGAUGUGAUGAACUUACACCUGCUUCCCGUAAUUCUGUCAUUGGCAGUGUUCCUCUCCGUUGCUCUCUCCCAGGACCUGGUCUCAAUCCAGUUUAAAUCAGAUCCAGUCCUGGUGCAGACUGGCACUGAUGCGGUCUUCACGGUGGUCACAGUGGUACAGGUGUUUUCCAUCACAUGGGGUUACCCAGGUGGGGUGACCCCCCUGGGGCUAUGGGUGGGUGGCAGUGCGGUGCUCAACACUGUGACCCAGUACCAGGGCAGGGUCACCAUCACAGCCACCCAGCUCCGUAUCAGCAGUGCCCAGCUGGGAGACGCGGGGAACUACACAGUGAAGGUGGACCCCUCGCCCACCACGGGCCUGGCACAAAACACCAGGUCCAUACAGCUCAGGGUGUUCGAUGCAGUGGAUGGCGUGACUAUGUUUGUGCCGUCAGUGGCUCUGGAGGGGGGCAAUGUGUCUGUGCGCUGUACCUGGACCAUGGGGACAGAGACCAGUGUGCUGUGGGGUAAAGGGGGCUCUGCUCUCACCUCGAACUCCAGGGUCACUAUCAAAGGGGGCGACCUGGUGAUCAACCCGGCCAGGAGGGAAGAUGCCGGGGUCUACUCCUGCACCGUCUCUAACCUCGUCAGCGCUCAGACAGCCUCAAAGUCCCUCACAGUUUACUUUGACCGAAGACUGAAGGAGGCCACAGGACAAAAGAGAAACCCAGAACUCAUGCUUACACCCACAGAACCCCCUCCACAUGGUACCCGGACUUUAGACAGAGGCCGUCACUCUGACCCACCGCUACACACAAACCCUCACAACUUCUACACUGUCCCACCCAAUGGCCACGAUAGCACACACACACCUCCGCGCAACACUGACCCACUCCAACACAAUGGCCACGCCAACAGAAAUAGGUUCCCACACAAUGCCCAACAUCCGAAUGCCAGUUCAUUUCCACAACAUGGCACCACGCAGGACCACAACACUUUCACACACACUGCUGCACCUCAGAAUGCCAACAGACUUGACACCUUCCCACAGAUGACUCAAAACCACCCAAACAAUCCAAACAUUCUCAUACAAGCGGGUUCUACUCAGGUCGGUGUUAACCUUAACACACUGCCACACGACCAGCAAAAUAGCAGCGCACAGAUGGCCACGGUUCACGUCAAUCUCAAUUCCUAUCCAACUAAUGGUCAACAACCCAACCAACAGUCACAGCAACAAUUUACAAGCCCACAGGACAGUACAGUGCAGCGGAGCGCCACCAAUGUAGCCAACAGUGCUAGUGCUCUUCAAGUUCAAAAUGACAACCCACAAACGUUCACACAGACUGGACAGUCAUACUCCAAUCCCAGGAUGCAAAUGGGCUUGUCAUAUCCUGGUGAUACUUCACAGGUUGACCACAGUAACUUAGACACUGGUCCUCAAGUCUCUACUGGUCCUGUUCCUACUGGUUACACACACGCGGGUCGAAGUCAUACUCUCCAGCGAAACGCCAACACGCAGACCUACCAGAGGGACCAGGCCACUGAUACCCAGCCUAGACACUCCAACCCAGCAGCGGACAGUUCUGUGCCACGUGAUGCCAGUCAUGCCACACCAAGUGCCAGCUCACACCGCCAACAAAUGCCUUGGGACCGUCUGAGGGGCACCCCGGCGUACCCCAACGACCCCCCCAGAAGGGUACAGGCUUCCCCCGAUAGCAGCUACACCUCUGAUGGCACAGAGUCCCCGUCUCAGGCUAGACGAUCCAGACCACACACCAGGAAGAGUCCCCCAGGAGCACAGAUCCAGAGUCCCCCAGGAGCACAGAUCCAGAGUCCCCCAGGAGCACAGACCCAGAGUCCCCCACAGAGCCAAUCUACACCCAGGAAGGCUGCACCGACGGCGGGCAGACAGACCCACAACCUCCCCCACACUCAUGGGACGAACACUGAGCCUGGGGCUCCAAGCCACACACAGUCGCAUAUCAGUCCCCAUGCACACGGUACACCAAGGCAGAGAGCCCGGCAGGAUGUCAGAGCUCAAUCCCAGAUCACAGCUCAGACCGCUUCUCAAAGCCAGACUGGCCCCAGGCAACAAAAUGCCUCCCGCAGCUACCACAACCCCCAGCCACAACAACAGGGACCAGGCGCUCCACAGGGACUAAUAACCACCAUGCCCCGAGGCACCACACUCGACACUCGAGCUCUCGCCAAUCCAAAUCACAUCCCACAGACACAAACCGGGAUUCAGUAUGGUAGGGGAAACACACACAUGAUACCGCAGCCCACACAAGACCAGAGACAGACAGUAACACAAGGUUGGGGUGCACUAACACAGCCUGUUACACAGAACCCCAGUAGCCUCACUCAGACGGCCCUGGAGAUGCACACACUGACGACCCCUAACCCUUUUCACAACCGUAACCACCAGACACAGGCCGCCCUGCUCAACACCCAAGCUCGAGGCCGUAACCCUGGGCACCAGCGGCCCCCCACGCCCCCUCCCGUGAUCCCUCUGGCUCAGUUCCAGACUAUUCCCAGAGAAAGCACACAGCACCAGUCUCCAAACCGGGGCCCCACUGGCCCUCUCAGGCCCCCAGUCAACGUACACACCACACAGAGACAUCCCAACGCCCACCCGGCCCACAGACAUCCCGGCGCUGCCAUGCCGGCCAACCUGCACUCAGGAAAUGGCCACCACGUGCACGCUGAUAACACACACAGGCACGGCCAACGUACUCAACAUGCCCACAGGAACACUGCCCACCCACGCCAGACCCACCAAGGGAGGCCUAGACACUGAGAGAUGCCAACGGACACACACACACCAGCAACUGACAAGAGGAGAAACACAAGUAUGGAUGACUAUGGGAGCCCUACUCUAAAGCAAUGGAGACCAAGCAAAAACACAUGUAUGCACGUGCACACACAUACACACACCCACUCACACUCUAUCACACACACUUCCCGCAGUCGACUCCCCGUGCCUGUCAAGUGUAUGUUAUCUGUUGAUUUUCAACAGUACCAACAAUGAGUCACUGGAAAGCACACACUGGUGUGUUCUUUCUGAAGCACCAUAUAACCAAAUAGUAGGAAUGAGAAAAGGGCCUUAUUGAGGCGAGACACUCCAGGCCGUGUGUCGUGGCCUCUCCCAUUCAGCGUGUUCAGAGCGAGAAUGAGGCACUACCACAACAAUGAGGACUUGAAAUGUUUCCAUUCAUAGCUGUGUGCGUGUUGCUUCUUGUGACUAGAAUGAACAGUAAAAAGGAAAGGAAAAGAGAACCCUUGCUGGACUGAUUCCAAUUGAAUGGACUUGGCCCCUGGGAACUACUGUGUGAAAAUUCAGAAGGAAAAAAAACCCCUCUGCGACUUGCUUUAUUUAAUAUUUCCAUGGAAGUAUUUAUGUGGUGACUUUCUGUUUACAGAUGCUUCUCUUGACACCGCUCAAUUAACGGGAUUCGCCUCGGCGCCUGGGCUUCAGAAGCAAUGCUCAACUAACUAUGAAGGAGACCUCACAAAUGGAUGGGCCGUUUAUUAAUUAAGUGCUUUUAUGCGACUUAAAUGACUCGUAAAAUAAUAGCGCCCAUGCGUGGAGGAGGUCAGCAGGAAGAAGCUGCUGAGCUGCCACAUUUUCCCCGGCUAAGCAAAGCAAAACAAUUUGCUCCGGGACUACGAUGCUCUUUUGUGUGGGGGAUUGGCACAUUAAAAGGGAUCUCUAUUGGAAUGAAUCUUAGUUCUCUUUUGAACAAAAUGUAUAUUUCAUGUUUUUAUUUCUCUGUUACGUGGUAAAUAUGUUGGACUGCUAUUGCAACAUGUGUCUUUGUGACUCAGGGAGGCUGUUUUAUACAAAAAUAUAUGUUCCAUUAAAAUACCGAAAAGAGGAUAAAUAAGGUUUUUAAAGAUUAGGGGUCUCCAUUGAACAUUAUUUUCAGGACUAGGCCGCCCCCAUAUGUUUUAUUGAUGAUAAUAAAGUAUUUUGAUUUACAGGAAAAUACUGUAUGUCAGUGUAUUACAUGACAUUCAUUUUGAUAUAAUGUUACCUACCUAAUGGUUUAAUCUUGGCAUCCAGGCAUUCUGAUCUUCAGCUGUUACAAAUAUUCCCAGAAUAUUGUAUUUACUUAACAGUUUUUAAAUUGAAGAAUCUGCACUGUAAAAAUGUCCCUUCUUAAUUACAGCACAAUUAUUUACAGAGUUGCCAGAUGAAUACUGUAAUGUAGCUUUACAGCAGAGAUUUACCUUACUGUAAAACAUGUUACAGUAUUCCUGCUGUAAAUGUGGGCACCUGAUUCCAUGGCAGAAUUUAGUGGAUGUGUCAUGGUUGAUUGAUAGAGUGAAUACGCCUACUGAAUCUCAAGCCAUAUCUUAGAGCAAUAACAAUCAGGGAGAUAUGUUGACCUCUGCAUUCAGGACUAAGAAUAGGAGAAAGUCCUUUAGAGAAACGAGUAGCUGUGUUGAACUUUUGAAUCCUGUUUUGUACGUGCUGACACUCGAUGAGUGAGAAAGGUUGAAUUGAAUAAAAUACUGUUGUUUUUCGUGA